UGUGAUAUUUAUGUUAGAUUUAUCAAAAUAUUUAAAUGAAAAUAUCAAAGAAAAAUUUAUAUAUUUUAUGUUAUUUAUAACUAUUGCUAAUAUUUGUAUCCUAUAUAUUGUAUGGAAUCGAUAUAACAUAGCGAUCAAACAUAUUUUAUUUGAAUCAAAUAAUAAUCAUCAUAGGCAUCAAGAUUAAAAUUAUGAAAAAGGUUAAAAACUUUAUUAAUGAAAAAAAGCGAAAUAUAAAGUUUGCUAAUGCAGGCACAGGAAAAACAUUAAAUGAUAAUAAUAAUAUCAAAAUUUUAUCAAACAGUGGGCCUGACAUUGAUCCUAUUAUUCAAGGAUAUAAUUCGUUGAAGAGAAGUGACAAAGAUUCGACUACACAUGGACAUAGUGUUAAUGUUAACGAUAAAAAUAUUUAUUUUACUUGCAAUCAUAUCGACAUUCCGCCAUUUCCGUUUGAACAAAUGCUCGAGAAAUUACGCCAAUUUUUAUUAUCUGAAUUUUCUCUGCACCCUUUGUAUUUUUCGACAAUCAUAAUAAAAACUUUAAACAACCCUACUACGAGUCAACAAUGCAUAGACGUUUUGACCAAAUACAUCGAGAAUAUUGGGAGAGAUUAUAAUAAUCCGAGAUAUAGGGCUAUACGUUGCAAUAACAAAAUAUUCAAUGAUAAAGUUACCCCGGUUGAAGGGGCGAAGGAAUUUUUAAUAGCGUUCGGCUUUGAAUCUCACCUAAUGCCAGCCAAUUUUUAUCAACUCGACGAUAUAAAUUUACAGCUACGUUUACUCAAAACGCAAAAAAAUGAUGACCAAAACACCGAAGAAGAAUUAUAUUACCUAUUUAACCUCGAGGAAGGGCAAAAUCUUGAAGAUAAAAUUAAGGUCGCUUUAAGUAUUUUAGAAAAUACGAAAAAAAUGGAAUGGGAGUUGUAUAGGAAUGAAAGAUUAUACUAUUUUAUAUCAGAAUCCCCUAAAUUCGAGCCCCCUAACCAAUUUUACAAACACAAACUUGAAGAUGUGAAAAUGAUUUACAAGGACAUGAAAAAUAGGGUUGAUAAAGAUUUGCUUUUGCGAACGCGGGCCAUGAAAUUAGCUGAAUUACCAGACAAGGAUUUUAAUACAAAACUAGAUCACGAACUUUGUGACCAAUGUUACACGUUUAUACGCAUAAAGUUUCCCAACAACCUAAUUUUACAGGGUACUUUUGAGGUCGAAGAGAAAAUAUCGAAAGUAAUCGACUUUAUAUCCCAAUACUUGACAAAUAAUAAGAACAAAACUGGUAAAAAUUCUGAUGGGGGCUUCUUAUUGCUAACUAGUUGGGGACUUAAACUUUACCCAUUCGUAUCCAAUACCAAUAAUCCACAUAAUAUACCCGCAACAAAAUUAAAGAACCCGAAUCCAAAAGAUGAUACUCUUAAAAAUCUGAAUUUAAUACCUACCGCAUCCUUAAUAUUUCAACCACUCGACUCUUCCUUUGACCAGACAGUUGAUGAAUUUCAUCGAUACUUGGUUCCUAAUAUAUUAAAACGUUUGCAAAUUUUAUGAUUGUUAAAUUUAUUUAUUUGAUUGAUGUUAUUAUAUACACAUAAAAUUAAUUAUAUAUAUAUAUUUAUUAUUGCAAUUUAUUAACACGAAAUCGUUUUUUAUGUCUGUAAUUUU